UCGUUCUUUCCCCGUUCGCUUUAAUAAAACAUUUUAUGGUGCAUCAUGGCAAUUGGCUAUGGCUUACACACAGUUAAAAACUACUCGCCUAUGAUCACACAACAUUGAAAAUGGAUCAUAUUUCAACAAGAAAGACAAAUGAAAUUCAGGCAAACACAAGCAACACACGAUGUAAUAUUUGAUUUUCUAAAAUUGUGCUCAUUUAGCCGACAAUGACGAUCAUAAAAUUGGCAAACAAAACAUUCAGACACAUUUUCCACGUCACUCAAUACCAAAAACAAAAUUUUCUUGUGCCGCACGUUUCAAAUUGAAUUAUGGCACAAAUGAACGAAUCAAGAACAAAGAUCACAAACGAUGGAAAAUGCCCAAGGAUUGAAUGAGCCAAGUUGGAUCCGUUCAAGAUCAGCCCAGUGACGCCAAUCCUAAUGUUGAAUCAUUUGGCAUAAUUCUGCCAUUUGCCGGUUGCAUGAAAUGUACUCACUUUUUUCGCAUAACAUAAUUUCUUUUUCACUCGAAAAUCGCGCUAUGAAGCGAGUCGAAGCGGUGAACUUCAUGUGUGUGUGUGUUUGAUUUCCGUCCUCAAAAAUCGUCGUGUGUGCCGUGUUUCUAGUUCAUCGAUCAUUAGUCAUGGAAAAGACGGAAUUGCUUUUGUGUGUCCGGAUAUAAACAUUAGUGACGAAGGCGGUGUUGUUUUUUUCGGUGAAGUGAAGAUGCACAAGCGCGCACACAAUACAUUUAACCAAACUGACAAAAAAGCAAAAUCAACAAAAGGCCGCUUGGUCUUCUUUACGUCACUGCCGAUGACUUUUUCUGUCUACCAGAUUGGUACGCUCCAAAUAACCGCUCGACGAGAAAUAAAAAAGACACUGAAACUAACGAAAAUAUAUUAUUCAUGUAAUAUAAGAGGCACACCUUGCCCACCGCCACACAUUUACAAUGAAUUCAGUGUUCUUUCAGUUCCGUGCCGCUUUGCAGUUCGACAGAACAACAACAACAACAGCGAAAACAAAAAUCACAGAACGAAUAGGUGCAUAGAACCACGGGGAAAAAACACAAAAACACAAAGAAUACAAUAAUCGUAAUGAGUAAAUAUUUGUAAUGAGCACAUACAAACGACUAAAAUGAGCCGCAUGUUAGACAAAUCGAGCGGAAGAAUCACUGUUAUUUGGCAUUACAGGCAACAAUUUUGAGAGUGAAUAAGAGAGAAAGAAAACGACGACGACGACGACACACGUUAAGAAAAGUCAACACAUGUUGAUGACAUCCCAAAGAGACUAUUGAGCAAACUGUAAUAAGCGCGAUCUUUUUUUGUUUGGUUUCGCGUCUCACAUGCCUUUUUACCUCGCCAUGACAAAUCUUACGAUAUAUGACUUAUUAUUGCACCAAAUGAUGACAAUCUCAAUCCAUAGACUCAACGUGACUUAUGAAUACCCCCAGCUUCAAAUCGUUUAUCACUUGAUUCCGAUCCGUUAAGAACAAUAGAGCGUUCAUAACAACUCGUAUUUUCUUUCCUAUUUUUUUGUAGAAGAAUUGACUGCGAGAUAAGACAAUUUCGAUCAAGUCAAGUUUAUUUCUAAAAGUGGUUGUUGCAUCUCAAGUGAUGAGAUUAUUUUCGCAUAUUUUUUCGACAUUUCUGCAUACAUUAUCAUCAGUGUGAAUCGAUAAAUUGUUGGUGUUUUUGAACGACAUUUUAGACAAUUAAAAAAUCUCAAGAGCAUUUCAAAUAUUUAAGGGUACAUCAAAUGUGGAGUUGAAUUUCGACCCAAAAAAGAAAUCACGAAAAACAGAGAAAGAGGAAAAUCUACAAACUUGUGUUAAUAUUGAAUUAAUCCCGUUCAUUUGUCAUAUCAACUAUGACAACCGACUGAAAAUCAUUUGAAGUGCAAAAAUGAAUAUAUCGUUCCAUCGCACACCGCAUUGAUUUAUACGUGAUCGACGCGAGAUAUGAAUUUAUUGCUUAUAUGUGUUACUUUCCGUCCGGAAAAAAUACAUUCUGUUUGUGGUAGAUUCAUAUCGGCUGUAGCGAUAAGAUAAACCAUUGAUUGAUUUUGUUCGUUCCUUCUUUGGAAUCGAUGGUCUUUCGUCAACCAAUCUAACGCAUUCAAGGGUUGCGUUACUUUGAUGAAAUCGCUCAUAUUUUGUGCUAGGAAAUGCGAUUGAUUUCAAAAACACUUUUUCCGUGAGCGUGAUCAAACGAUAAACUGGUUUUGGACAAAUUCCCACUGAAGUAAAGAAAAGAGUUUUAGGACAUAGGAGUUUUUGUGCAAAAACAAUACAGUUUUUAUAUGAAGAGAUUAACACAUUAAGAACAAUUUUGAAUAGACUAAAAAAAAUCAGCUGAAAAGUGGCAUUUGCUUAAAGUUAAAGGUGACAAUUUUGGGUUUCUAUCUAAAAAUGAGUUCAAAUAUUCAACACAAUUGUAAUCAACAGGUGACCGACACCGAUGACGCUGAUAAAAAGAAGAUCAAAAUUGAAGAGCCGUCGGAAGAAAUUGCCGCACAGCCAAAUCAACCAACGGUCCAUGGACAAGAAUCACCCCAGAGCCAAAAUCAACCACAGGAAUUGAUUACAGCGGAGGGUGUACACAAUUCCACGCUUUCGUCCGAGACAGAUACCGUAGCGUCGGCAUCUUUGCCAACGACUGUCAUUACGACACAAAGACAUCGCAUGAUCACCACUACGGGACAGAUUCGGGAAAUCGAAGACAUAAAUGAAAUUGAGCCACAAAAAGAGUACGUGCAACGCUAUCAAUUGGUACCAGUGAGUGAACCAUCGUUCAAUCAGCACAUUUACGAACAGCAUGGCGCUAGAGGGAGAUUGGCCAGUGAUAGCCCAGAAUCGGGUAACAUUGCCAUCCCAAACAAUGGCACUAUUUAUGUAACGUCACAGCAUCCAAACGCUGGGGAGAAUAUCAAUGGCAUUAGAUAUGCCGUGCCACCAGAAGUUCGUUUCGAAGAUGAAACAUAUGCGACGGCCAGAUAUGAAUAUCAACACGGUCAACAUCAUCCAAAUGCACAUAAUGCACAUUCCGGUUCGAGCGAUGACAUCAAAAUCGAACUGAUCCGAAAUCAACAUGCUCUGCAUAGCAAGAUUCACAUCGAAGAUGCACACCAACCGACGCCACAAUCCGAGGCAAAGAUUCAGUACACAAAUUUGGAUGUAUCACCGCAAAACUACUACAGCAUCGCAACGGACGGUUAUCCAACCGGAAGUGGUUUUGCGUAUAUUUCGACGACAUCAAACAAGGAUUACAUCUAUCCAGGCAGUCCGAAUACAGUUCUCUACAAAGGCGAUCCGUCGUUGGCGUCAGCAUUUAACAGUCGAUACAACGGAGCAUUGUCACAACAUCAAGGCAUUAUCUACGAUUCAAACUCGAUCCAACAAUCCGGAUCGCCAGUGCCACAAGUGUACACGAGUAAUUGUAAACCAGAGUCAGGUUAUUGGCAUCAAGCCUCUGAGUAUAAUGUAAAUGCUCGUUCAUCAUUUCAGGCUCCGUUCGGUCAAACGAUUGUGUUGGACGGUGGAAGUGAUUAUGUGGCCAAUGGCGCAUCUUGGCAAUUACAGCCCGAACCAUAUGAUCCUCAAUUGGUUGCAACCGGUGCCCCAGAAUGUGUGAAUUGCUCAACGUCACAGUCUGUUUACUGGAGACGUGUCGACGGUCAUCCAAUGUGUCAUCAGUGUUCAUUUACGCGUCAAACUCGACCGAAAAUCGCCAAAAAUAAACCACCCGUCGCGCAAGCCAAUAGAAGGUCGGGCGUUAUUUGUGCCAAUUGUAAAACGAGCACCACCACAUUGUGGCGACGAAACAAUCAUGGCGAGCCCGUGUGCAAUGCAUGCGGAUUAUACUUCAAACUACACAACGUCAAUCGACCGCAAAGCAUGAAAAAAGAUGGCAUUCAAACGAGGAAACGCAAACCAAAAUAUUCAUUGCAAGCCAAACCAAAAACAUCACCAAUCAGUGAUAAAAUGUUGCCGCCGCUUUUUCCAUCCCAAAUUCAUAUUCAGCCCGAGAUGAAAAUUCCCAUUUUACAAGCCCAUCAGGCGACACAGAAUCAAUUAUUAGCUCACGCCCAAAAUCAAUCGCCAUCACAGCAUCCGCAAGAAGUGCACAUUAAUACGGCAACAACACAAGGACCAGGCACCGAACACUAUAUUACCGUUGCUCAAACACAUGCAACACAUUUGCCGCACGUGAGCAAUUUGAGCCGCUCGAUUAAUGCCAGUAUUCCAUCAAUAGACGGACAACAUGGUGCAAAUACUAAACUAACCAGCGUCAUCACUUGCACCGGAACACCCGACCAAAUCGAACAAUAAAUUUACGAAUAGUUAGAGCCUAUCAAAGUAAAAUCGUAAAUACUUAAAUUUAGUUCGAUUUUAGUUUGGCUUUACUUUUGUUUUUGAAGACCUACAGCCACCCAGUCUAUUUUUACUACCAAAAAGUAAUUUUAAAGCAUUAGCAGUCAUCACUUAUUAUAAACAAUUAAUGAAUAUUUUAUUUUAACCCAUAAAAUUCGGUUCUUUUUUUUCACAUUCCCUAUAUGUAUCAAUGUAAUACUUACGUGAACAAUUUCUUAUAUUAUGUUUUGUAUUUGAAAUUUAGAUUUUAGCGUUAAAUUGGACAAUAAAUAAGGACUUAUAAUAAGAUAUAAAAA